GUAAUGUAUCGGUAUAUAACGAGUGCAUUCGAGGUAAAAGGGCAAAUUUAAUAAGUCACCAAUGGAGGUGACAACUAGAAGAAUUAUUCUAGCUGCCCUAUCACUAAUUUGUGCAGUUCAGGGCCAGUAUUAUGUAUCACCGUACGCAUCGCCAGCACCAUCGCCACUGUACUUCCAACAGGCCUGUGGCUGUCCAUCCCAACCAGUAGCCCUCGCCGGGCCACCAGCAGCUCCCAUAUACGUAUCUCUCCCAACACCUCCACCAAUAUGCGUUACUCCACCUCCUUUACCUCCCUUACUUAUAGAAGUACCUCUACCCCCACCAAUAACGGUAUCUCCUCCUCCUCUGCCACCGUUUUGUAUUACUCCACCACCAUUACCCCCUAUGACGAUAACACCACCUCCCUCGCCUCCGUUAUGUGUAAGCCCGCCACCGCUACCACCUAUGUGCGUCACGCCACCGACGCCACCAGCUCUAUACGUCAAUCCUCCAAUUCCUCCGCCAAUAAUGAUUGAACUUCCGAUGCCUCCGCCAAUUAUGAUUGAGCUGCCGCCGAUUUUAGUUCAACCACCCCCGAUGCCCCCUCUAAUGAUCCAACCACCCCCGCUGCCGCCUAUGCCCGUGCAGCCGCCCCCUCUACCUCCAAUGAUGAUCCAGCCGCCAGCGCCGCCACCGAUGUAUAUCCAACCGCCUCCCCCGUGCCCUAUAACGAUCCAGCCACCUUGCCCCGAGCCGAUAUACGUGCAGCCACCUCCUCCGUGUCCCAUCAACGUUCAACCUCCACCGCUGCCCCCUAUUUGCGUCCAACCACCUCCACCUCCGCCACUUUGCGUUCAACCGCCGCCCCCGGAACCCUUCUGCCUGCAGCCGCCCCCACCGCCGCCUAUUUGCUUUUCUCCGUCCCCCUGUUCAAUGAAUCCGCCAUGCGGCUGCGGAUUGCCUCCCACAGCGUUGGCUAAUCCGAUUUAUUUAUAAAAAGAGAAAAUUGUUAUUUGAGAAUUAGUUAGCUUUAUGUAAUUCUAUUAUUUAUGUAUAAGAAAUAUUAAAUUUAUAAUAAAAAUAAAAUAAUUUGUUAUUUGUACACAGUG